AUGUCUGACGAAGGUUUAUCACACGCGCUCGAUACGCUUUCAAUUAGGGCUGAUAUCCCCGCUGCAAAGCAGGUGAGGGGCAAGAGUGAGGGUGACAUACCAUCUACCUAUACGUCAACACCUCUGGAUCCACCUUCAGCUCUUUAUCCAUUUCCAUUUGUCAAUGGGAACGACAAAAGCAGCAAUCCUUCUCAAUUUCCUAACUUAUUAUUAAAUGAAUCAGUUUCGGAUGCGAAUAAGCCACUUUACCCACAAAAACGCCCUAGUGACCCAGGCUUUGGCGGUGUGUCUUUGGUGUCAACACCGGCGAACUUACCAGGUAACAGCGUUUUCAGCUCUCCCGGACUCCUGAAUGCUUCUGGUGCCCAACGACCCCCACCUUCCUUUUAUACGGGCCCUUGGGGUCUUCCUCCGCAACCUGGCGCGACUAUGUCAAUCUCGACUGAUCGAUCUGCUUCUCCAGGUAACAAUACUGUUCUUUCACCCACCGUUCCCCCCACUCCUGCACCUUUGAGAUUUGGAAAUAACGUACCAACGGCUUCAACGACGUCUCCAUCUGGCGAAGCUGACAUCAUUCCCACUGCCAUUGUGAUUAAAAACAUACCUUUCAAUAUUAAACGUGAGCAACUCCUGCAUCUUAUCAGGGACAUGGGUAUCCCUGUGCCUUACGCAUUUAAUUAUCAUUUCGAUCAGGGAAUCUUUCGAGGACUUGCCUUUGCCAACUUUCAUUCACCAUCAGAAGCCAAUGAAGUUGUUGCUGCAUUGAAUGGUCUAGAGGUUAGUGGCCGGAAGCUGCGAGUAGAAUACAAAAAGGUGCUUCGUGCUGGUGAAAAAGAGCGAAUUGAAAAAGAGAAAGCCUUGAAACGUCUUAAUAUUCCCCAAGCGACUGAAAGAGAUUGGAAACGAGAUGGCAAAUGCCUGCCAUCGGAACUCUCUCCUUUUAACGGUCUCAAUACUUUGAACCCAGCAUCCGCUGCUAUUGUGACAUCAGGACUACCCAUAAAAGAUAAUCAUCAAAAGCUCACACCUGAGGUCAGUAAGCCUUCUUUCAUCUCGCGAUCACCCCAAGGAGACUCUCAUGAUUCUUCUCUUGACCUAAAUGACGCAUUCACCCUUGAGAUCUACUCACGAGUACUCCUUUUCAAGGACGAUCGCAUGCGCGAUGAAUUAACUUUCUCCAAGUCUUUCACAUCGGCCGAACGUCGAGUGGUACACUUGGUGUCUCAGAAGCUCGGAUUACACCACUCCACUGUGGGCAGCGGUGAUGAUUGCUAUGUCAUGGUAUCAAAAUCUGGUUCACUACCUCAGGGCUCAAAUAUCAGGGAUUUGCCUUCCGUGUUCGUAACGGAUCGUCUGUCUCCGCGUGGGACUUUGUCGACGAAGAAAUCUGUUCCUGAUAUGCGUCGGCACACGUUGCAACCAGACAUUCAAAGAACUGAAAGUCCCAACUCAUUUUCCGGACUAGUGCCACCAUCGUCAAACAACUUAAUGCCUUGCAGGUCGAAUGGCAGUUUGCAUGACGUAUAUUCCCUUUCCCCUGCUCCACGAUUCGAUGGUUUUAGCAACUUUGGAUCUCCUUUAAAUUCGCAAAACUUGUUUGCUUAUCCUGUCGAUGCCUCACCUGUACCGUAUAUCAUGCGUCCGCGCAGUGCGGACAUUGAUGCGUUGGAAUGUGCAGGACUACAGGGGAGCUCAUCGUCCAGCAUCAAUCGCUCGCGCUCUCCGCUGCAUCGUCCACAUUCGCCUCUGAGCCAAGGAGCUCACUCAUCUCCUGUUACACCGCUUGGAAAUGGUGUAGGGCCGCUGGAUUAUGCACCCCCCUCAAUCGGAGCAGGUAUUUUGAAAGGUGAACCUGACCUGCCAGUCUACCCCAGCGCUCAACGAGAGGGUUUCUCGGACUUCGCUGACGCUUAUCCAGCACGCUUUUCCUCUCUUUCUAGCGAUGAGUACUUGAAGCCCGAUUGUGAUGUUGUCUUACCAACGCACUCUGCUCCUUCGAACGAGAAAGAAGUCAACCCAUUGCACUUGAUUCCGCCGACUAUCACAACCAGUUCCACCAGUGAUGAUAAUUAA